CAAAAAGAAAUGAGGAUUGGUUACUUCUGAUAGAUCGGAUAUAAAAGUAAAAAAGAAAAAGUCGUAAGUCUUAUAAUCGCAAAGUCACAGAUUAUAUAGUAAAUUAUACAUAAUAAAAUCGUUGACUUUUGUGAGAUAAUCAUUGAAAUAUAUAAUGGGUAACUCGCAAAAUAAAAAUAUUCCAAAACAAAAGAAUACAGAUAUACUUCAUGCAUACAAUCUAAAUCGAACUACAUUUCCUAAUGUUAUACCACCUUCAUCGUUUAUAACGGAAGACGAAUUUUUCAAAACAUGGUGCUCUUGGAAAAAUGAAUUCUUAACAUUCAAAAAAAUUUUAAAUAAAGAGAAUUUUAAUAAGGAAAAAUGGGGAAAUCUGUUAUUAAAUUUAAUGGGUCCAAUUGGACAAAAUAUUCAUAGCACAUUUCAAUUUAAUUCUCUGAAUGAUAAAGAAAAUGUAGAUAUAUUACUUGAAAAAUUUGAUGAAUAUUACAUAUUUUCAGGAAGAAAAAAAUUACCUUUAGAAAAUAUAUAUAAAUACAUAAACGAC